CAGGGAUCUUCACCGCUCCCAUCUCCGGCCGCUACCUGGUCAGUGCGGUGCUGACCGGCCACCGUGGCGAGAAGAUCGAGGCGGUGCUGUCGCGCUCCAACCAGGCCAUUGCCCGCAGCGACUCGGCCGGCUACCAACCGGAAGGCCUGGAGAACAAGCCGGUGGCCGAGCGGCAGCCCAGCGCGGGGGCCCUGGCCGUCUUCGCCCUGGUGGUCCCCAUGGAGGCCGAGGAGACCCUCUGCGUGGACCUGGUCUCCGGCCAGCUGGCCCACUCCCCGGACGAGCCCUUGACCAUCUUCAGUGCCGCUUUGCUUUACGAGGACGGGGUCUAGUUGGGCGCCAGAGAAGAAGACAGAGAGUCUUAUUCCAGGCAUGGGCCAACUUCGGCCCUCCUUCCAGGUGUUUUGGACUUCAACUCCUACAAUUCCUAACAGCCGGCAGGCUGUUAGGAAUUGUAGGAGUUGAAGUCCAAAACACCUGGAAGGAGGGCCGAAGUUGGCCCAUGCCUGUUACAAUAAUACAAUAACAAAACACUCAAAUAACUCAUUACAGAACCAGAUAUCUUCAGAUAGGUGUCGUGGAUUUCUGCAGGUAUAACUAGGUAUAAAGGUAGCUUGCUGUUGGAGUAGAGAGAGAAAACCUGUCAAGUUUGUAUAUCUGGUAUAUGCUGUAUUUAUAUAUUGCUGCGACUAAGAAGAGGGAAAAAGCCUAUUUUUUGGAAAGUUCGAUCAUUUCUACGUGUUGUUCCUCCUCCUGCAGAAAUCCACCACACCUGUCUCAUUGUACCUGGUUCCAUACCUGGAGUUAUUACAGUCACAUCUGCAUAAUUAAGUGUUUUGUUAUCAUACAAAGCCUCUAACGAGGAUGGCUUCCCUGAACCUUUUCGUUCCCAUCACAUUUCCCAUUAAGCAAACCUGUCGGUGGGCAUAAGACUCCGAUUUGUCUCCAAUUCCUCAGGCGAGUCCUAUGGGAACUGCUUUGGAAACCAACCCAUCUUUUAGGGAUCAUAGUGAACAAGCCAACAGUGUGAUACUGCAGCUAGAAAGGCCAAUGUGAUUCUCAUCAUUGCCCCACUCUCUUCCGCUUUGGCCAAGUCUCUUCGCCUGAAGUGAUAGCUCUGAGGGCGCUUCCGGACAGCACUAAAUGACGGAUUUUAAACAAGGGCAAAAAUAAAAAAUCCCAGGACUUCAGAAGAAGAGGUCCACAUACAGACCUGUUAGUCCUGGGAUUUCUGCCUCCGUUGUCCAGACUCACUGUUUUGUUCUGAGAUUUAGAGGCUCCCAAGGUGGCCAAUGUGAGACUUCCACCAGAAAAAAAAAAUCCCCGGGAUGCGGAUAUACGGAUAUGCAGAUAUACGGAUAUGCAGAUAUACAGAUAUGCAGAUAUACGGAUAUGCGGAUCAAUGCAAAAGUCCCAUUCUUUGUCCUGGUCAGAAAAACUGUCCCCUCCAAACGUUUCAUGAAGCAUCUGCCACACAAACAAACCUAAUGGAGUAAGACCACUUCUGUCCAAGUCAGCACUGCACAACGGAACAGGAACACACACUUUCAAGCCAGGAACAGAACCUUAGUAAAACUUUAUUUAUAUACUGCUCUAUCUCCCCAAAGGGACUCAGGGCAGUUUCUAACAAUAAUUACAACCACAUACGCUACAUAAAACAGUAUAAUAAACACAUUAUUAAACAGAAUAAAACCUUACAGCUAAAAUAACAAUGGCAACAGUCACAGUCAUUAUUGACACUUUUUAGAGCCUGCCUGCCUGGCCAUCUGUCCAGACAGAUUUGGUUGUGGCAUGGAACAAUAUUGUGCUGUUCUUGGAUUAUAUAUGGCUGUUUCUAUUAGCCACCUGCAUGCCUUGGCUCUCAGUAUUUCCUCACCAGCACAUCCAUGUCCCAACAGCCAGUAGUAAGUUUUUGCCAUUUACUCAGCUGUACCCAUGUCGUCAGCAUACACUCAAUGAGGAACUGACAUGUAUAACCCAACAACAUCAUCCUGUUGCUCCCUGGCAUAAGUACACCAUGAAACCUGUCUGCAGAGAUGGCCAUUCAACAUGGUCUGAAUAAUCACAGUAAUGAUGGCAUUCUGUUCCUGGUUUGAAAGUGUCUGUUCCUGUUUCAUUGUGUACUACAGUAGAGUCUCACUUAACCAACAGAAUGUUGGAUAAGCGAAUAUGUUGGAUAAUAAGGACGCAUUAAGGAAAAGCCUAUUAAACACCAAAUUAGGUUGUGAUUUUACAAAUUAAGCACCAAGACAUUGUGUUAUACUAGUACAGUAGAGUCUCACUUAUCCAACGUUCUGGAUUAUCCAACGCAUUUUUCUAGUCAAUGUUUUCAAUAUAUCGUGAUAUUUUGGUGCUAAAUUCGUAAAUACAGUAAUUACUACAUAGCAUUACUGCGUAUUGAACUAUUUUUUCUGUCAAAUUUGUUGUCUAACAUGAUGUUUUGGUGCUUAAUUUGUGAAAUCAUAACCUAAUUUGAUGUUUAAUAGGCUUUUCUUUAAUCUCUCCUUAUUAUCCAACAUAUUCACUUAUCCAACGUUCUGCCGGCCCGUUUACGUUGGAUAAGCGAGACUCUACUGUAGUUCAAUACCAGUAAUGCUAUGCAGUAAUUACUGUAUUUACGAAUUUAGCACCAAAAUAUCAUGAUGUAUUGAAAACAUCAACUGCAAAAAUGCGUUGGAUAAUCCAGUUGAAUAAGCGAAUGCUGGAUAAGUGAGACUCUACUGUACUUAGUGUGAAAAUACUUGCGGCACUCCAGGAACUUCAUUUUUCUGCCACAAACUCCAUUAAACAGAUAGAGGAUGGAAUUCUUCCCAGGAUAAAGCGGUUUGCCUUCUCUCAAGUGUCACCUUUUUAGGAACCAACUAAUCAGGAACAAACAUCCAAAACCUGGGAUCAAAUCCAUGAUUUCCGAUUGCAAGGACCUACAGACAUGCAAAGAUCCGGAUAUUCGUCUCAAAACCGGGAUAUUCCCGCACCUAGAAAUCUCGCGUUUUUUUGCCUUUUGUAGUGAUUGCUUCUGGGUUUACAGGACACUCUCCUGUUUGUGAUAAAGGGACUGUCUGGACAGACCCUGAGUUGGAGCAAAGCCAUUCAAGAAGAAGAUGGACUCUAAGGUGUCCAGUGAACAUGGUCCAAGGUCUGGAGACCAUGCAUCCUUCUGAAGAGCAGCAGAAGGAACUUGUGAUGUUCAGCUUGGAGAAAAGACUGAGAGAAAGGACACGAGAGCCAUGUUUAUGUAUCUGAAAGGAUGUCCCAUUAAAGGAAAAGCUUGUUAUUUGGUGCUCCAGGACACAAGGGAGCGAUGGGUUCAACAUGCUUUACUACAAGAGCUGUUUGGACUGUGGAAAGAGACCCCGGAGGAGCUGGAUGGGCACCUGUUGGGAGGGCUUUCGUUGUGUCUUCCUGUCUGGCAGGGACUGGACUAGAUGGCCUUUGGGGACCCCUUUGGGCUCUCUUGAGUUGAUGAUGCCCUGUGCCUGCUGGCAUCAUCUCCAGACCCUCCUUUGCCUUGAGAAACCCUUUUGCUGUCUAUCAUAAGAGGGAGAUGGCAUUGCAGAGAGAGAGUCACAAAAGUACACAGAAAUCUAUGAAUACGCUUAGAGAUACAGUUGUCCUAUUGCUAACUAAUAUCCAGAACAGAACAUAGGUAACUGUGAAGAACUAUGGCAGGGGGGGAAUCUUUUGAAAUCCCACCGCUGCCACCAAUUUGUAAAGAUGUGGAGGUGGAGGUUGUUUUUUUAUUAAUUAAUUAUUAUAUAAAUUUUAUAUCCGCUGCCACCAGAGGUAAAAAUGUUUAUAAUGCGGCCACCAGAUGUCAAGGGGAUUAUCAACUCUUGCCAUCACUAUUGGAAUACGUAGCCACUAGCUACUUAGAGAGGAGACUUUUAUUUUUCUUCUUUCUUCUUUUGGUUCUUGCUAUGUGUAUGUAUGACAGAGACUGAGAUGUUUGAAGGAAUAAUAACACAUUUAUUUAGGCACAAGCUUGAUGGUUACAAUAACUUUUCUUCUUGUUUGAGGCACGUUACUGAACAGUUGCAAUAACAGAAUGAGGUGUUUCAAACUUUUAAAUUCCACUUCAAUCACAGAAUAUCUGUUCCCAAUCAGGAGACAGACUACCUUAAAAUAAGUCACCAAACUUAUUUUAGAAUUGACUCAAAUUUCAACCUUCGAGCCACCCUGACCUUCUCAACUGAGAAUCAGUCUUAAAGGCACCUUCUCAGGCACAUACUCUAAAAACUAACCCUCCCCAUGGUUCUCUGACCACAGACUCUGACUGACUCAAAAUGAGCAAUUGAGUCUCCCUUGAUCCCUUCAACCAGGACCAAUCUUCCCUGUAAUUCCCCCGAUUACAGACUGACUGACUUUCCCUCCAAAUUCUACUCUCUCUUCAGCUAACCCAGUUGGCUCCGUUAACCCUUUUUAAAACACAGUUAAACAUGACUUUUAAAACACAAUUAAACAUGACACCUGUAAACUAAAAUUCAUACUUCUUUACAGUAACAAACUAAUUAUAAUCAUUACAGGCGCAUGAGUAAUGCACAAAUGAAGACUGUUUACAACAUUACAUCAAACAAUUAUUUCCAUGCUUGUAUGUUUUUUCAGUAACAGAGAAGUAUAUUCGGUGACUUUGAAUUUCAGUAUUGUCCCAUGCAGAUAAAAGUCUUAGAAUGUAAUGUUGUAAACAGUCUUCAUUUGUGCAUUGCUCAUGCGCCUCUAAUGAUUAUAAUUCGUUUGUUACCAACCCUGUUUCCCCAAAAAUAAGACAUCCCCAGAAAAUAAGACCUAGUAGAAGUUUUGCUGAAUUGCUAAAUAUAAGGCCUCCCCCGAAAGUAAGACCUAGCAAAGUUUUUGUUUGGAAGCAUGCCCGGCACACACCAAACAAAAAAGCCAUAGCAUGCAGGAUUGGUAAAUGUACAUACAGUAGAGUCUCACUUAUCCAAGCCUCGCUUAUCCAAGCUUCUGGAUAAUCCAAGCCAUUUUUGUAGACAAUGUUUUCAAUACAUCGUGAUAUUUUGGUGCCCAAUUCGUAAAUACAGUAAUUACAACAUAACAUUACUGCAUAUUGAACUACUUUUUCUGUCAAAUGUGUUGUAUAACAUGAUGUUUUGGUGCUUAAUUUGUAAAAUCAUAACCUAAUUUGAUGUUUAAUAGGCUUUUCCUUAAUCCUUCCUUAUUAUCCAAGAUAUUCGCUUAUCCAAGCUUCUACUGGCCCAUUUAGCUUGGGUAAGUGAGACUCUACUGUACCAGUUGUAUAUGGAUAUCAUGGUAGUAACAAGAAAUUCUUGACAGGAUUCACAGUUUGUCUGGUUAUGCUGGUUUGUGAUGACAACUACUUCACAGUGUAUAAUGUUCAUUUUUUGUUCAACAAUAAAUGUGAAUUCUUCUUCCUGGAAAAAUAAGACAUCCCCUGAAAAUAAGACCUAGCACAUCUUUGGGAGCCAAAAUUAAUAUAAGACACUGUCUUGUUUUUGGGGAAACACGGUAGGUUCUAUUCUGGAUAUUAGUUAGCAAUAGGACAACUGUAUCUCUACACAGGUGCAGAGAGAGAAAACAAGUGCAUCCUUUCUGUUAUUUAUCCGUUUGUCGUGCGCUCUCUGCCCGUCCCCCUCCGGCCACUGCCCCACUGACCGCCGGCUUGAGCCUUGCGCACGCUUUGCCACCACCCCAAAGCCACGCCAACCAGCCACGGAAAGGAAGAGGAGGAAACCUUGGGUGGAGACAAGAGGCCAAAGGAGCAGAGGAAAGAAGGACUCUCCAUUUGGACCUCACGGUUUACUCCUCAUGUAUCUGGCCAACCUUUGCUACAGGUAUGACGACUGAAUAAAGAAACACCUUCCUUUUUUAAAAA